UGAGCUUGCCCCCCCAACACAAACACAAUGGACCUGUGCCCGGCGUUCCUCUACUCGUUAGGGUUGAGCGCUGAUGCAGCUCGGUAACAAAGGAGUUGGUGCACUGCGUAAUGCCAAUCUUCCACCGACAGGCCCUAGAUCAACCGAAUUCUAGGGAGCCAAGUUCGCCGCAAGGCUUGAGCUUGGUGAAGCAGAUACUAGGGGAAGUCAUAUUCCAAUCCGUUCGCCGAGACCGUCGGUCUAUGAGGCUGGGGGAAACCAUGACCAUUACUACAUUUAUUCCUGGGGCUCUUCGUGACUGCUGUGGAUGUUAAGGAUAUGCUCAUGCCUUGUGACUUGGUUGCCCGACUCUAUGGUGACUCGGCUAGCUAGAUUUACUUGCCCAGACCGUUC